CUUGACUAUAAAGCAAACAUAAUUUUCAAGUAGCUUAGGCGUAAAUAUCAUAGUUUGACAUACAUUAAGGAAUAGUUAGGAAAUAGUUCCUCCAAAACUUGGAGGGUAUACCUAUUUCGUUGAAUAGAUUAUUUUAGGAUAAGCUUUACGGCAGGUUUAUCCGAUUCUGGAAUGGAAUCAACUCUUGGGAAAAGGCGCGGACCGCAGGAGGAUAAGAAUCAACCCACUAAUCUCCAAUAUAAGUGCAUGAAACAGUAUAUGUGUGAGAAAGCAGAAGAUGAUAGCAAUAAGGUGGUAUGCUUAACCGUACAUCGUUUUUUUCGAAAGAUGCAAGGUGGUCUAGAGGAAGUGCAACCAACGAACGGAAUACUUGGAGUAGAGGUUGAAUAGUGAAUUCAUCUUGAAGUGUUCCAUUUCUGUGAUUCCCAAUUGACAAUGUGAAAUGAUUUGCUAUCCAAGUCUAAAUCUUGGCUAGCCUUUGUAAAAGCAGCUUGUCGGGGUGAAUUUAAAACUUGAGGUUGAUUGGCAUUUAGAAUCUUGCGCAAGGCAUUUUCAGCCAAACGGGAUUCUUUCGUAGCCAGUUCUCGUAUCCGUCUAGGAGAUGUGGGUCUUACUGGGUACACGGGACUAGCUAGAUAUGUGUGAGAUGCUGGAAAGGGAGGCAAGUGGUUGGCGACAUAACUAGGUCGGUUUUGAGAGACGGCUAAAGAACCAAGCAAGUGAGAAAUCAUGCUAGAGUCUAAUGAUGAUUUGAAACGAUCCGGUAUAUCAGCGGACUUGUGAAUUGUUUCUUCUAGGUUUUCAAUAAAUUCUUUUGAUAAAGGCUUGUAUAC